UGCGCUUGCGUUUUUUCUCAUACGAAUAGCUGAGGAGUGAAGUUUUCCAGUUAUAAUAGCUUCGAUUUAUUUAUAUCAAAAAUUGGUUUUAAACAAGCUGAAUUCAAAGAAAAAAUGUGUCUAACAGAGAAACAACUUGUGGGGAAUCGAAUUUUCAACUUGCUCUUUAUCCAAAGCAUAUGGUUUGUCGGAAUUGCUGAAAUUGCAGAAGGAGCCUACGGGAAUGUUGUUUCCCUGCCUGGAGAGUGUCGUGAUGUUAAUGGAAAAAAAGUGGAACAAGAUGCCCAUUACGUUCCACCGGGAAACGAUGCAUGUCGGCUUUGCCUAUGCGACAACGGCCAUCCUAAGGCAUGUAAAGCUGUACUGUGUACUCCUCCACACGAUUGCAAGUCGUUUCAGAUUGGGAACUCCUGUUGUGAGUUUAUCUGUCUUGAUGACACCUUAGCCAAUUCGUCAGAAAAGAACUACGACUUCGGAAUGUGACUAGUCGCCAGCGGUGUAACCGCCACGCUAUCGCUGACCUUACUGUUCUUCCUCAUCAAUCGGCUGCGUCGUAGGAAGACGCAACUGCGCGAAGUGCGUCAGACCAUCGAAGAUCAACGGAGCAUGGGCAGUAUCGGUUACAUCGGUGGCAAUAUUGGUUACCUGGGAACAGGAGCUUUGAACAUGGAUUACCCAUACGAACAUGGUGCGGCGCAUUAUCAGCUUUGGAAACCACCUGGUAACUAUUUUACAAGAGGAGAAGCUCCACCACCUUAUGAGGAAGCAAUCGCGCUGGCCCAGGCAGAGUCACUGAAUACAUGUACAGUGAGCGUUGCUACAUCAACCCAAAGGCAGUAUCCCAUCGCUAUAGCAGAAACGGAGACAUCGCAGACCAUCACUGCAAAUACAACGAACCUGAUUAAUAUUAAUAUCAACAAUGGAGGAAAUUUGACUGCAAUCGCAACUGGCGAAAACCACGUAGUAGGUAGUGACAUAACCCCUGAUAUACAAACCGAACAGAAUGAAAAUGUAUCCAACAAUACUAACGCCAGUAAUGCUAACGCUAGUAAUUUGGAUAACCACGAGUCAUGUGUGUCAUUCCCUACUAAUUACUACACUAUUCCCUUGAUUGCAUCCGAAGUAUGCACAAAUCAAAAUUGUGAUUUAAAUGUUGGUAAUAGCUGUAAUUACUCGAUGCCUCAUGCUUCGAACGUUAAAGAAGUUCAAACGUACACUAGUCAUAACGCUACAACAAUGUCCAGCUCAACAAUACCGAAGGAUUACAGAACUUCUGAAAGGCUGAUGGAGAAUUGUGAUCCUGUGAUCAAUCGUACGAUUUUGCCACCGCCGGUUUUCGACUGUAUAACAAAUGAAUCUAGCACUGCCAACGAACAUCUAGUCUCUACGAGCAAGUACCGCACUACAGGAAAGCGUUACCAUAGAACCAUUCCCAGACAGUUUGCAGCUGUGGAUCCUAUUAUAAAUCCGCUGAAAAAUAAUCGUAACAUAAUACCAUCCACUGCAGGCCAUCUUGCAUGUACUGGAAACGACUCCGGCAACAAGGCUGAUCGCCUGGAUGGUACUUACAACGGGCCUAAAAGACCGGCUUGCCAAUGUCCAGUGCAGCACAUGCCUAUGACUUAUUUGUCUUCGCAAACAUUGGGUCUCGCGCAAAGCGCUAACGAUGCCGUAUCGACAGCACUUAUUGGUGCUCAAGCAUCAGUUCAGAUGCCUACAAUGAAGAAAAGAAUUUCCAACGAUGCGGCAAGACAUGUAAACUUGUCGCAUCACACAGCUCAAAUCAAACCCCUUCAGAUUUCAAAUGCUCACAGUAAAGGCGGAACAUUGAGAAAAAAUCUUGAAAGCAGUGAUACUAGCGAUAGAAACGUUUAUUCUAAUGGAAACUACAGUAAAAUGCAGCAUUUUAUGACCAACGACAAAGCCUUGGUGGACGACCAACCACGCAUAGAGAAUAUGCCGAACUUGAAAAAGCAAAAUUCAUUACCCAGAAAGGCUACAUUGCAUGAUACAAGUCUCAGCAUGCACAAAGUAGCAUCAGAAAAGGCUGAAAUACAAAAUCCAAGUGUAGCUACAGUGGACACAAACAUGCAUAUUUCUACAAUUAUUCAACAACAAUCGAGCUCUUCAAUGGAUCGUGACAUCUUGCAUCGUAAAUCAUACAGUUCAUCAAAGUCUGAAAUAUGCAUUGAACCGAAUCCAGAACUUCCACCGAAGAUGUAUAAACAUAAUAGCAAUCGCUUAUCUGGAGGAGCGCAUCAGAAGUCUUAUUAUAGCAAUUCUAAAACGCACGCUAUCUCUAAGCCUUCCUCUACCGAUGGUUCAAAGUUUUCAAUUCCCACUACAUCAAAUAAUUACAAAAAUGCGAGCAAAUUACAGAAGAAUAACUAUUCCAAGUCAUUGCCAAGAAAUGUUAUUUCAGCCAGUCACGAAUAUGCACAAGCCUCUAGAAGCACAACACAAUUUAACAAUGGUUUAGAAAAUAGCAGCUCAAACAUUAACUUCAAUACUUUGCCAAAGAAAACUAACAAAAUAAGUACUCGUAGUUCUAAUUUACUAACAGAAGUAGUAAAUAAGGUACCAUCAGUAAUUAACAUACCAUCGCCGUUACAACCAACACCGUCACCAGUCAUUGGCCAAAGCGCUGAGAGCAUGCCAGUUCAGCAACUAACGUCUAUCAUUUCUUCUAACAAUAAGAGAAUGCAACAGCCGUCGUCAUCGGCUGCAAGAAGAAUACCCCAUCAAGAUCAGUCGUCGCGAAAAUAUCUCGAGCAAAUUAGUAAUAUUAGCGACAUGUCCAAUAGCAAAAGCGAAAAACCGCUACCAGUCUUGACCACCUCCACUAAUUGUGCUAAUCCCAAGGAACACUUUCUUCCGAAUGACAACAGCCUCGACGAUGACUACCUGAGCGAGUGCGAGAACUGCAAGUCGGCUCACGGUUCGCGCUACUAUUUGGAGGAGGAAGUCGACGAGGCACCCCAGGAAACCAUGACCCUACAACGAAAGAUGCCGGAAAAUGAGGAAGAUCAACAGAGCUAUUACCGUGUAUCUUCCACUCUGCCAACCAACACUAGCAGGAAAACACCGACCACGAAAAAUCGCGAAACAUGGUUUACUACCAUUCCGGCAAGCUCGUCAUCCGAUGAUGAAGAAGCGGCAGAAUAGAUACCUUUAGAUGGCGAUCUCGAUUUACUAUUUUUCAGUAAGUGUAUACCUAUAUAUGAAAUGUUUUCAGUAUUUGAUUUUUGUGCUGGUCACGUAUAUUAUACUUUACGUUUACUACUUAUUUUAUUACUUCCUUGUUAAGCAACAAUUCUUAGCCAUAGUGAAAUGUUACUAUUAAAAAUAAUAAUAUAUGUGACAAUUCGACAUUCCA